CACAUAGCUGCACCACGCAGCGGAGGUCAUGCCAUCAAAAUCAUUGGGUGGGGAGUAACGAAAAACGGAACGAAGUACUGGACCAUUGCUAAUUCCUGGAACGUCGACUGGGGAGAAAAAGAUAAGCUUGCUCAAUUUUUGUUUUGGUUUUUUGCUUUGACGCAAAGUUUCUUCCGUAUGAUCAGAGGUGAGAACAAUUGUAGAAUUGAAUCAUUGGCAAAAGCUGGAAUGAUGGACGUCUAA